UAUUAUCCAACUUUAAAACCUGUUCUUGUUUUUCUGCGGUCGUUUCAUUUAACAUUCUUAUAACUACUGCUGUAACACUCCCUAUGUGUUUGUAUACGUAGCCAAUAUGACAACCUCUAUCUUAAGUUUGGAUAAUAUGAAUCAAAACUUAAAGGAAUGGAAUUUCCCUGGCCUAGUUUGGUCGUUGCCGCAGGCAACCACUUGGAAAAAGAACUGGAAAUGGGCAAACUGUUUCCUUUUCCUAAUGUCAUCCAUAGUCACGCUGGAGACCCACAGGGAAUGGGGCAGAAACCCUUAACCUUCUUCCAGCAAGUUAUGUCACUGUGCAUUAAUCCCAGCUUACUGGAUGAUGAAAACUUCCCCCCAGAUGCAAAACAGCGUGCACGAAUCUUUCUAGCCAAUUGUAAAGGACAUAGCCUAGAAAUUUGCUUAGAACUUCACCUUCUGCUAUAGCCUAUGUUAAGCAUGACCCCAGAGACUCGUUAAUCCUGGAUGAAGACUAGCGUUGAAACAUUCAUGUUUUUGAACUUGGUCCUUCUGGGUAGCUAACUCCUUGAAAUUGUAUUGGAAUUGGUUGAUACUAAA